AUGGACAAAUUACUCGAUUUGCGCGAGCUCCUUCGGGAUUUCGUGUUCCGGCCAGCAAUCGGUGUGACCGAGAAAGACAUUCCUGAUUUGAGCGGCAAAACAUACCUGGUCACUGGUGCAUCUAGUGGAAUCGGUUUCUACUCGGCCAAGUUCUUGGCUGUAGCAGGUGCAAAAGUGUAUUUAACCGGCAGAUCCUUGUCCAAGCUAGAGGACUGUCUGGAGAAGAUCCGCGAGCAGCAACCGUGUGCCGAUGUGCACGGUUUACAGGUAGACUACAGUUCACCAGAAACAAUACAGAAGAGUAUUGAGCCAAUUGUUCAGGAGGAAAAACUGAACGGAAUCAUCCACAAUGCCGGAAUGAAUCAUGCGGACGCCACAGUCACAAAGUAUGGCUACACUGAGACCCUGGUCGUCAACGCCAUUGGGCCGCAAAUUGUGCAAAGAAUUUUAGACCCCUUGCUACUGAAAACAGUACAAACCGCUGGCAAGGAUAAUGUACGUGUAAUCUGGGUGGCUUCGUCCGCUCACUUUUUGGCUCCGCCGUGUGGCGGCAUCGACUGGGACGAUCUCAACAACACCGAUCUUGGUGGCAGAGGAUACGCAUACUACGGUGAGACUAAAACGUUUUCUAUUUACCAAGCGAUUCUGUGGGGCCAAAAGUACCUUUAUGACGGCAUUGUGAGCGUAGCAGUGCACCCCGGCAUCAUUACAUCGGAUAUUCGCCGGAACGCGCCAGGGCAGAAAUCUCCCUACGAGAUCUUCUGCCGACCUACGGAAUACGGUGCCUAUGCGGAAAUCAUGCCUCUGUUUAUAAAACUUUCGUCAGCUCGCAAUGGCACGUACUUUGUGCCGUUCGGCCAGCGGGCGCGGAUCCGAGAAGACAUCGAGCUAGCAGCGUACGGUCCUCGCGGCCGAAAGGCCUGGAGAUGGCUCCAAAAAGAAUCAGGCAAGUAUAUUCAGUAA